AUGGGAAAGCUCACCAAGGAGGAGGAAGUUCUGCUUUCCAGCUACUCGGCUUCCAGUUCUACCAAGGGAACACUCUUUUUCUACGCGAAUGCGUUGAUUAUUUCACUUGCUCCUAUUUACCUCUUCUACGGAGUUCAUCAGAUGGAGGUAACAACGUGAACUAGAAGAAUAAUUCUGAAAACAAUCUUCUAUUCCAGGUUGCCGAUUCUUGGAUCGUCUGGGCUCUUUCCAGCAUCUCCACCGCCUACCUCCUGGCUAUGGCAUGCAAAAACCAGAAGAGACUUCUGAAGCAUCAGUAAGCCUUUUAAAAUACAACAGCUCUCUAUUUUUCUGUUUUCAGAAUUGUGAUGAAGCGUGGACCCGCAGUUGAUAGGGAAAUAAACGGAAAGUAUGCCAACGACAAGAAGAUGACCAUCAAAGAAAAGGAAGAGCGUGCUCUUUUCCGCAAGAACGAAGUUGCUGACACAGAAUCCACAUAUUUGUCCAUCUUCUACACCAACACAUUGUUCCUCACCAUCAUGCUCGUCUCGGCUUUCUUCCUUCUUGCCAACGUCGCUCCAAUCUUUAAUCUUCUUAUUUCCACUUCUGGAUCGGCGGCUCUUGUGGCUUUCCUCUCCACUGCCAAGAACUGA